AUGCAACCAGAGAUUGGUAUAGGUGGUGGCGUUGGAGGUGCUUCACCAUACGCUACUCUUACACAGCAAAUCGCUGAGCAGGUGGCGUUGAAAAUUUUGUUUCCUUCUCCUUUUUCACAUUACAAACCGAUCCGUAUCGCAGUAAGUAAAGGCCUAAUAGAUGUGUCGAUGCUCAGUCAUCCUCCACCACAGAAUGCUCUGGUUAUUCUGAACAUCCUGCUGCAAAAGUUGCCGAAACUGGAGCAGGCUCAGCAGGAGUACCAGCAGGUGGUGCAUACUAUGAGCAGCCCAGCCCAGAAGCAACAAGGUCGCGGCCGGCGACGAGGCGCACUGACUGUUGGCAUACGACGUGCACUAAUAAUGAAGGCAUAUUAUUGUGCUGCACUGCUGGAUGGUGGGGCGGAGUGGAGGAAAACUCGGCCGAAUGCCGUCCUGAAUGGAACAUUAGCUCCUGUACAGCAGCAAGAUGGACAAAGCCGCCUGCAGCAGUGGAAACAAGCGAAUGCACAGGACUGCACCAGUGACAAGCACAGAGCUGUUUCCGAUUGUUCCGAAUUGGAGGUGACCAGUCCUUUCACUGCUCGAGUAGCACUGUCUUUACUAAAUGCGCUGAACGUUUUUGCUUCAGCUUUUCUCAGGACCAGUUUCUAA